ACGCCACGAAGGCAGUCCGCUCGGUCAACAUGGAGUAUAAAGAUCUAGUCACAUUACUUGUCAUCCUUCUUGGGUGCUGCGGUUCUCAAACCGUGCACACGCUACCAAGAAAGUUCGCCAAGAUCCAGCAGGGGUCCAGAGCAUCGCUCGUUAAUUUUCCAUACCAGCUGAGUGUGGAGUAUUACGAGGAUUUCCACUGCGGUGCUUCCAUACUGACUGAGAUUUGGGCCGUCACAGCAGGGCACUGCGUCGAUGGGCUGUCGACGUUCGGCCUGGCUGUGCGGUCUGGCAGCGAAACCACCAAGAGGGGCGGAGCGCUGCACCCUGCUGCGGACAGGGCGUCUCAUGUCCACUACGACUUCUUCGGACUCGACUACGACAUCGGCCUCAUCAAGGUAGAUUCGGCUUUCAAGCUCGGACGGCUGGCGCGGCCCCUUCCUCUGGCCAGGACGGAGCCCCUAACUGGAGCCGUCGCUGUGCAGACUGGUUGGGGAUCCGGUGCUGGACAACCGCGCCUCAUGUCUGACAGACUGCUGGUGGACACUCUGCAGGUAGCCAACAGAUCGCUCUGCAUGACGAGGUACGCCAAGGUGGGGGAGGUGACGAGGCGGAUGCUGUGCGCCGUGGCGGCGGCGGAGUCGGGGGCGGCGUGCAGCGUCGACCCCGGCGGCCCCCUGGUGGCGGACGGGCGACUCAUCGGCGUCGUGUCGUGGGCCACCGGCUGCGUGUCCGCCGGACAGCCCGGCGUCUACGCCGACGUGGCGGAGAUGGCCGACUGGGUGCUCGAGUACGUCCGCAACUACGACACUGCCUGAAAGCACCAGCCAUGCCCGCACCGCAUCAACUACCGUCUCAGAUAUUUCACACUUGUCAGUUUUCCGUCCCUUUCCCUUGCUGUCCACGUCCUGUGCCUUAUUCUACACCCCAUAACUGUCCACGAUCUAGGUGUCGAAUGGAUGUUACCACAACAACUGUAUUGAGACAGUGCGCUUUUAAAGAGAACUUAUCUUCAUUUCAGUCAAUAAGACACAUUGACCAGGUUGUGACGUGCAUCUACACAUGUGACUACCUCAUUCACUGUUGUGUCGAUAACCGAUAUUUAUGUACAACAAUAAAAAAUAAUACACUUGUUUA